AUGGCCUCGCUGGACCUGCCGUACCGCUGCCCCCGCUGCGGGGAGCACAAGCGCUUCCGGAGCCUGUCGUCGCUGCGCGCGCACCUGGAGUACAGCCACACGUACGAGACGCUCUACAUCCUCUCCAAGACCAACAGCAUCUGCGACGGCGCCGCGGCCGCCGCCGCCGCCGCGGCCGCCGCCUCCGGCUUCCCGCUGACGCCCGAGCCCGCCGCCCUCCUGGCCGUGCCCGGCGCCCGGCGCGAGGUCUUCGAGAGCACGUCCUUCCAGGGCAAGGAGCAGGCGGCAGGGCCAUCGCCCGCGGCGCCGCACCUGCUGCACCACCAUCACCACCACGCGCCCCUCGCCCACUUCGCCGGCGACCUGGUACCCGCCAGCCUGCCCUGCGAGGAGCUGGCCGAGCCCGGCCUCGUGCCCGCCGCCGCCGCGCGCUACGCGCUGCGCGAGAUCGAAAUCCCGCUGGGGGAGCUGUUCGCCCGCAAGUCCGUGGCCUCCUCGGCUUGCUCGACGCCGCCGCCGGGGCCGGGCCCCGGGCCCGCCUCCGCCUCCCCCGCGUCCCCCUCGCCCGCGGAUGUGGCUUACGAGGAGGGCCUGGCGCGCCUCAAGAUCCGUGCGCUGGAGAAGCUGGAGGUGGACCGGCGGCUGGAGCGGCUGAGCGAGGAGGUGGAGCAGAAGAUCGCAGGCCAGGUGGGUCGGCUGCAGGCCGAGCUGGAACGCAAGGCGGCCGAGCUGGAGACGGCGCGACAGGAGAGCGCGCGGCUGGGGCGCGAGAAGGAGGAGCUGGAGGAGCGCGCUUCCGAGCUCUCGCGCCAGGUGGACGUGAGCGUGGAGCUGCUCGCCUCGCUCAAGCAGGACCUGGUGCACAAGGAACAGGAGCUGAGCCGCAAGCAGCAGGAGGUGGUACAGAUCGACCAGUUCCUGAAGGAGACGGCGGCGCGGGAGGCCAGCGCCAAGCUGCGGCUGCAGCAGUUCAUCGAGGAGCUGCUCGAGCGGGCGGACCGGGCCGAGCGGCAGCUGCAGGUCAUCAGCAGCAGCUGUGGCAGCACACCCAGCGCCAGCCUGGGCCGCGGCAGCGGCGGAGGCGGUGCCGCGCCUGGUCCCCGGGGUCCCGGCAGAAUGCGAGAACACCACGCAGGCCCGGCCGUGCCUAGCACAUACGCCGUGUCAAGGCACGGCUCCUCUCCCAGCACAGGGGCCUCCAGCCGUGUCCCCGCUGCAUCCCAGAGCUCAGGCUGCUAUGACAGUGACAGUCUGGAGCUACCCCGGCCAGAAGAGGGGGCCCCCGAGGACAGUGGCCCUGGGGGCUUGAGCACACGGGCCCAGGCUGCCAACGGCGGCUCGGAGCGCACCCAGCCCCCUCGCAGCUCAGGCCUGCGGCGCCAGGCCAUCCAGAACUGGCAGCGCAGACCCCGCCGACACAGCACGGAGGGGGAGGAGGGUGAUGUCUCGGACGUGGGCUCCCGAACCACGGAGUCAGAGGCUGAGGGCCCCUCAGAUGCCCCCCGCUCUGGGCCUGCUAUGGCCGGGCCACUGAGCAGCUGCCGGCUCUCAGCCCGCCCCGAGGGAGGCAGUGGGCGGGGUCGGCGAGCUGAGAGGGGCAGCCCCUCGCGCUCCAACGAGGUCAUCAGCCCAGAGAUCCUCAAGAUGCGAGCCGCCCUGUUCUGCAUCUUCACCUACCUGGACACACGCACGCUGCUGCAUGCUGCCGAGGUCUGCCGGGACUGGCGCUUCGUGGCUCGCCACCCUGCGGUCUGGACACGGGUGCUGCUGGAGAAUGCCCGCGUCUGUUCCAAGUUCCUGGCGAUGCUGGCACAGUGGUGCACCCAGGCCCACUCGCUGACGCUGCAGAACCUGAAGCCCCGGCAGCGGGGCAAGAAAGAGAGCAAGGAAGAGUAUGCCCGGAGCACCCGGGGCUGCCUGGAAGCAGGGCUGGAGUCCCUGUUGAAGGCAGCCGGGGGGAACCUGCUGAUCCUGCGCAUCUCCCACUGUCCCAACAUCCUCACUGACCGCUCGCUCUGGCUGGCCAGCUGCUACUGCCGUGCCCUGCAGGCCGUCACCUACAGGAGUGCCACAGACCCCGUGGGCCACGAGGUCAUUUGGGCUCUGGGUGCAGGCUGCAGAGAGAUUGUCUCCCUCCAGGUGGCGCCACUUCACCCUUGCCAGCAGCCCACGCGCUUCAGUAACCGCUGCCUGCAGAUGAUCGGUCGCUGUUGGCCCCACCUUCGGGCCCUGGGGGUUGGGGGCGCUGGCUGUGGGGUGCAGGGCCUGGCAUCACUCGCAAGAAACUGCAUGCGGCUGCAGGUCCUGGAGCUGGACCACGUAUCGGAGAUCACCCAGGAGGUGGCAGCUGAGGUCUGCCGGGAAGGCCUGAAGGGACUGGAGAUGUUGGUGCUCACGGCCACCCCGGUCACCCCCAAGGCCCUGCUGCAUUUCAACAGCAUUUGCCGGAACCUCAAGUCCAUCGUGGUCCAAAUUGGGAUUGCUGAUUAUUUCAAAGAGCCCAGCAGUCCUGAGGCCCAGAAGCUGUUUGAGGACAUGGUGACAAAACUCCAGGCCCUACGACGAAGGCCCGGCUUCUCUAAGAUCCUGCACAUCAAGGUGGACGGCAGCUGCUAACCCGGGGUGGGGGGCGGCAGGGCCCCUGCCAGCCCCACACCAGGGCACUCUCUUUGGACCUCCAGAGGGACCCUGAUUUGGACUCGACCUUCAGAGGCCUAGUGUUAUCCCUGGCUUCCAGGGAGGGGUUGAUGGUUUCCUGUCCUCCUCCUGGGACAGCGGAGCGACGGGCCUGACGUCGGGCACUGGCUCUUCAGGGCAGGGGCUUGGACAGAAACUGCCCUCCGACCCCCACUCCACCCCCAACUGGAGCAGCCUUCUGGGCACAGCCAGGAAGGAGCUGAGUCACCACCAGCACCAGGUGUCAUCGCCCCGAGGACCUGCCGUAAUCACUGAGUGGCUCCUCGGCUGCUUGGGCUGCUGGGGCAGGCCUCUCCUUGUCAGGGGCCUCUGUGAGUCCCCAGGCCAGAUGGGGCUCCCCAAAGCAGCUCAGACUUGGCAAGAAAGGCUCUUUUCUUCCCCCUGCCCUGUUCCAGCCCUCUGUGGGGCACCCCCUUCAGACAGCCUGCCGAGGCUCUGGGUCCACAUUCUCCGGGGAUAACACAAACAGGCCUGGGGUCUAGAAAUGUGGUCAGCCAAAAGUGGGGGGCGGGGUGCAGUGAGGUAGUGGAAUGGGCUUGGAAUGGCAAAACAUUCAUCUUGAACUUUUCCCCAGGAUAUUGAAACCACCACUCCCAAAGUGGGGAAAUUGCCAAGUAGAGAAAACUUAGUUUUUAUCGCUAGAAACAACAAGACCCCUUCUCCCGACAACCACAUACCCCACGACACACCAGAGCUAAAUUCAGAGCUAAAAGGUGCAUGUUUCUAUACCUUCCACCAAUCCUGAGCCUCUGGAGGGGCAAGGAACCAGCUCUGGGAGACAGCAGCAGUGAGCAGUUCCUGUCCUCAAGAAACGUCCUUGUAUUCCAGGUGCUUGGGCAGGAAUCUAACGGCCUCCGGGUCCCCAGUGCUGUGGUGGGAGGGAGUCACUGGACUGCCUUCUGUCUGGAGGAGGCCAGGAGGGUGGUUUGGUUUGCUUCCUUGUCCGGCUAGCUUGCUUGGAGAUGUAGCCUUGGUAGGGAACCAGACCCUUGAGGCCAAGGGCAAGGAAGAGCACCCCCAUCAGACUUGCCUCCCUCCCCAGUCUCCACUGGCCCCAUGGGCUGUGGGCUUUGCUGGAGUUCUUUAGCCCAGGGGCAGUGCUGGGGCCUGAGCCACGGCCACUUGGCUUAGAAGCCACAGAAUGCAAGUGGGUUUUCACAGACUAGCACGGUUCUGGCAAGACCAGGUUCUGGCACUAAGGCUCCAAAGACUCAGGUCUCCCCAGUUCCUCCUCUCAGAAGCCUCUCAGUGGUGUAGAGGCCACGGGUCCUGCCAACAUUCAUUUGGAAAGUUCUUUCAGACAUUAACCUCGACCCAUCUUAAGAGUUUCCUUCUCUCCUAUACAGGACCCAGCUCUGCCCUAACCACUAGGCUGCUGGUCCUGGCUGGGGCUGGGCUUCUCUGGUUUCUCAGCCCUUUGCAGGGACCCAACUUUCUGCCACAGCCUGGCUUAGACAUCAAGACCCAGCCCUGGGUUACCCUGUAAUGAGUCCUCCAGAGCUGGGACCCCACAGGCUCAGUACCCAGCUAGCUCCCCUGGCUCCACACGCAGCUCUGUCCCAGCUCUGGUUGAUGACUUUUCUUCCAGUGGCUUAUUCUGGCCUUGCCCUUUGAAGACCCCAAAUACCAAGGGUGUCAUGUUGGCAAUUCCCUGUCCAGUCCUGCAUGAAGCCUUGGCUGUGUGGCAUCCCCAACUCCAGAGCAGCUGGCUCCACUGGCUUCCCACCUCCCCAGCCUUGUCCCCAGGAGUCACAGGAAGAAGCACAACUUUUCUCUGUCCUCCAGGAGCCUGGGAGGGAUAUGGGGGUGCCAUGGGUACAUCUGUCCUGCCUUGCCAUCUUCACCCUUUAUAACUCCUGCUUGAGACCCUAGGACCAGAGGUGCUGCCCGUCCACUCCAACCCCCACCACCCCCCAGUCUCCUGGACAAAGCACAAAGGGAUGCCCUGCUUGGCCUGAGCCUGCCUUACUGAGGGACUUUUCUGCCCCAGGAAGCUUCCAUCCCUGAACACAAGGUGGGCAGCCAUUGGAAUGCCGGGAAAGGAGGUCAGGGUGCAUGAGCAGGGAGCUAGAGUGGGAGACCGUGCUGAAAGGACUGCUUCCAGGAACAGGUUCAUUCACCCACUCCACCCACCCAUCCCCCCAUCCUUGCAGCCCUGAGCACCACCAGCACUGGGGGCAGAAGAGUGAACAGGGCCCCCUUCUGGCUGGCAGGAAGUUUGGCCAGCAAGUCCCCACCUGGUAUUUGCCAGCCUGAGUGUGUGUGUAAAGGAUGUGUAAGAGUACACACUGCAUGGGCCCCUGCCCAUGGGAAUGCUGGGUCACAGCGUGUCCCACUGCACAGCUGUCCUCGGGGCUGACCGCCUCCUGCACGCUGGACCUCAUGCGUGCUGAGAACUGGGAAGUUGCAGGCCCCUUGUCCCCCAACUGGAAGCUCUUUUUUGACUCUCCGUGGGAUGAGCCCUGCUGCUGUGUGGGGAGCUUGUCUGCAGGGUUCCACGUGUUUGCCUCCUUGGCAACCACACAGCAUGGCUGUGCAUGGAAACCAGGAAUGGAGGGUCUGGCCAUCCCUGAGGCACCUUAUCCCUCGCUCAUUGAAAAGAGAAUCCUCCUCCAUCUUACACCUAGUAAGAUGCAAAGGAGAGGGCAAAUCAAGGCAGGCUCCAAGGGUCCUGGCAUGUGUAGAGGUCCCAUG